CCGGAAUGGAUUGAGAGAAAAAUCAAUGAACAAAUUAUUCUUAACAAUUAACACGGCGUCCAUCUUCUUCUACAUAUGAAUUUCUCAAGAUUUUCAUACUUUAUUGCCAUUUUCAUUGGGGUCCUUCAAUUCUUCCUGGAGGACCCAUCUCCAUUCCCAUGCCCACGCAUUUUUCUUCUUCAACAAUCUUCUGCAUAAUGGGAUAUAUAUAUUUUUCUGUGUAACUUUGUCAUCUUUAAGGGGAUUUUUGUCUUGUUUCAUUCAAUAUCUUUUAUUAUAUUUUUUGAUAUUGGAAACGGCCGAGAGAUGAGAUGCUUCCCGUGUUUUCAACUUACGAAACUUAGCAGGAAAGACAAGACAGUAGCUCAUGCGAAAGAGAUCAUUCCGCCAAACCCACCUGCUGUAAACAGCAAACAAAUUCCAUUAGCAGAGGCUAAUAGCAGCAAUGCUGAAGCUUGUGAUGCAGUAGAAAAUGGAAACGAUACGACAAAGAUUUUCACUUUCCGUGAACUUGCUGCUGCGACGAAGAAUUUUCGUCAAGAAUGUCUAUUGAGUGAAGGUGGAUUCGGACGAAUAUUUAAGGGGACACUUCAGUCAAGCGGCCAGGUUGUAGCUGUGAGGCAACUGGACAGGAGCGGGACACUAGCAACUAAAGAGUUUCUAGUCGAGGUUUUGAUGUUGAGUCUCCUUCGCCACCCGAAUUUGGUCUCUCUCAUAGGAUACUGUGCCGAUGGGGAGCAAAGGAUUUUGGUAUACGAAUACAUGCCAUCUGGAUCUCUAGACGAUUACCUAUUCGAUGCUUCAACAGACAGAAAAUUAUUAGAUUGGACGGCUAGAAUGAAAAUAGCUUCAGGUGUUGCGGAAGGACUUGAAUAUUUACAUGAGAAGGGUAAUUCCCCUAUCAUAUAUCGUGAUUUAAAAUCCUCAAAUAUCUUGUUGGAUGAAGAGUUCAACCCAAGACUCUCUCAAUAUGGGCUUGCCAAGCUUGUACAGUGUGGGAAUAAGAUGCAUGUAACGCCAAGGGUCAUGGCAGCUUACGGUUACUCAGCACCAGAGUACGAAAGAAAAGGUGAAUUGUCACUAAAAUCGGAUGUAUACAGUUUUGGAGUUGUAUUACUAGAGCUUAUCACAGGACGUAGAGCCUUUGACAACUCACGACCAAUAGACGAGCAAAAUUUAGUUACUUGGGCACAAUCUUUUUUUAGAAAUCCGAAGAGAUUUCCAGAAAUGGCAGAUCCAUGUCUCAGUCGGGAAUUUCCAGUGACAAGCUUGAAUCAAGCGGUUGGAAUUGCAGCCAUGUGUCUUCAGGAGGAUCCAUCAGUCCGUCCUUUUAUAGUCGACGUUGUGAUUGCUCUCAGUUUCUUAGCAAUAGCUCCAUCGGGUGGCGCUCUCCCUAAGCUUCUUUCAGCCCGUAUCCCAUCUACUAGUGAACCCAACGAGGAUCAUGAUCGACAUAUGGACAAUGAAAAUGAGGAUAAUGGCAGUACAGUUUUUGAUACAGAUUGUUGUUCAAGCUCAAGCAGCAGCAGGCACGAGGAAUCCUCCAGUCGAAGGGAUUCGAGGCCUGUUAGCAUUGAUGGAUAUGUAAGUCCAGGGGGUUGCGAUAAUACAAAAAACAGAGUGAAAUUUAAGGAUGAAAAUGGUAAUAUAUAUUCUGCAGAUGAAAAUCUCUAAUGGAAUUUCUUAAAUUCAUUUUCAACUACAAAUUUUCUUAUGGCGUGUUUGAUUGCGAAUAUGAAAUUUGUAAGGAAAGCACUAAGUUCUAGGUAAUUUAAUUGUCUAGAACUUAUUUGUAUGUAAAUUAU